AUGGAAGAAAAAAGUACUGUUGAUGGCAGUUUGCUAUAUGGAAAAGGUCGAGUCAAAAAGUUACUCGAGAAAUUCGAGAGUUCAGGAAGUGUUCACUCCGCAAAAAUUAACUCAUCACCAACAAUACGGCACAGGUGCAAACCAAUUUUACGUCAUCGGUCAUCAAAACUAACAUCAGUUGGCACUUAUCAAAAGCGAGCUAUCCUUGGAAGACAGUCCAAAAGUCAUACAGACGUUCGGUCCACUAGCAAAUCAUUGGCAGUUAGUACUACUCGUCGAAAAAAUAGCUUGAUGUCAAAAAGUUGUAGUCAUGGCGAGUAUUUGUCGGAUCAGAUGGACAUACUCACUGCUAUCAGAGCGAAAAAUUGUGCUGAAAGAUUUUUUGCUGUUUCUCACAAUUAUUUGUAUAAUAAUCGAUAA